AUGUUUGGAGAAACUCUUCAAACUGUUGCUCAAGAUUUCUUUCUUUGCUAUGGUUUGAAUAAUACUUUGCGCGUCUUUCAAGAAGAUAUUUCUGCAUUAAAAUUAAGGAAAAAUCAGGUUGAUUGUGUUAUUGAAGAUAUAUUGAGUGGCAUACAGUCUAUGGAUCUCGAAAAAAUUUUAAAAGUUUGGACAUCAUUCAAAUCAUUUGUAGAAUUCAACAUUCCUAGUCAUGAAAUAGAACUUCUUCAUCGAUAUGAAAAAGAUAUUUAUCGUUUAUAUAUUGUUUCAUGCUAUCAACAUGGUAAUAGAGCUAAGAUUGGUUCCUUCUUUCAACGUAUGUCUUCGGACCUUUUAAAUGAUUCUGAUUGGCAUAAAUGGAUUGCCCUUAUAUAUGAUGAUAAGCCUGAUCAUCCAGCAUACAAGAAAUAUUUCGAUAAUUCAUGGAAAGAACUAUUUGUAUUGUCACUUCAUAACUUUCUUAGUAUUUUAACAAAAAAUUUGUCAAUCAAAGCUAGAGAUAAGCUUUCAAGUCUUAUAUCUCAAAAUGCUAGUUUGAAUAUGAAUAACGAUGGUUUUGAAGAGAUACUCGAAGAUUUCUCCAUAAUUGCUCCAUCUAUCAGCAGUCAAUCAGAUGUUCAGCCAUCCAAAUCGAAAUCAUCUUUUAGAGCAUUUUUCAAAAAUCGCUUAUUAAGUAAUCAAUAG